GUGCUGGUGCCAGUGCGUCUGAGUGCAAGUGACGCGUUAUCAGCGACUGUGUUCCCUCUACCUUCCACAGACCACAGGAAGGCGGUUCCUUCGUUCCAUCAGCCGAGAUGCAUCUGUUUCACUGGCAAGGGCAGCUGGUUCUGCUCAACUUCCUGAUGUUUAUGUCCUGGCGACCAUGUCGAGGCCUUAAUGUGCCCAACUAUGCAUCAAGCUUUCGCGCCAAUCCAACCAGAAGGACGGAAUCGUUCGCCGGUCGCCGGGAACCGGUCUACUACGAUGACGACUACGAAGCAGCCGCUACCCGUGCCGCCUCGCAGGAAGUGCGCCGUGGGAAGCUGUCCGCUAUUUCGAACCCUGACUUUUACUUUCCUCCCGAUCCCGAGGCGGAUCUGGCCGAGGCUAACAUUCCGGUGCCGGUCAUCGAGAAGCAAAAGUCUCGUCAAGCACCGGCUGGCGGGGCGGGUUUCUCCUACAACCCGAAGGACAAAAACGGACCAUCGCACUGGUAUCGAGUAGAUGCACGUUGCGGUGGCCGCUACCAGAGUCCGAUCCUGCUCAACACCAGCAGCGCUCAGCUGGUGAGCCGCAAGCGCCCGCUCCGACUCGACGGACAGACCAACCUACCGGAUACGAUCCUGCUGCAGAACGAUGGUCACUCGGCAAAGUUUACCUACAACUGGCGCAUCGGCGCCGAUCGGCCGGUGCUGCGCGGAGGCCCACUAAAGACGAAGUACCUUUUCGAUCAGUUCCACUUCCACUGGGGCUCGAACAGCUCGAUCGGUUCGGAACACGUCUACGACUACCAGCGCUACCCGAUGGAGAUUCAUCUGGUGUUCUACAACGGACUGUACGACUCGUUCCAGCAGGCACGGGAACAGGUGGACGGCAUCGCAGUGGUGGGUCUGUUCUACGAGAUCUAUCAGCAUUCGGUCGACGAGCCGCUGAACACUUGGACACGCUUUCUGCGCAACGUGAUCGAGCCGAACAGUGAGUUUACGAUUCCGUUUAUCGACACCUUCCCGCUGUACGAGGUGAUCGGGGAUGUCGAGUGGCCGUUCUUUUCGUACGAGGGUAGCCUAACGACGCCGCCGUGUCUUGAGACGGUCACGUGGAUCGUUGCCGCCAAGCCGCUGCUGGUGACGGAGAAGGAAAUGCGCCAAUUCCGCCGGUUGGAGUCACCGAGUGGUCCGAUGGUGAACAACUUCCGGCCCGUGCAGAAACUUAACCAUCGACGCGUUUUCUUGUACUAGAUGCCGGAAGUACGCUACAACAGAAGGACCUCAACUGAGGAUGUCAUGUCGAGAGUCCACCUGUAUUGAUUGACUGAUCAUUGUUGUUCAAUUAUUUUUAAGACACACCAAAGGAACAUUAUAUUAGUCUUAAGUACAUUUUAAACCAU